AUGGUUGGAAUAGAAGGUCCAAGUCUCUGCUCUGUACAGAAGUGUCGUCAGGACUACGGCCUUGUACAUGUUCAAUUUGCUAUUCAGUUGGAGGCCGUGGCGAUUCUACACGGAUUUCUUCAGCCGGCCAAAUGCUUGUCUGGCUUUGGAGAUCCGGUGGGUAACCUCGACGCCGAUUCGGGUGCUGUUGGAAGGUAUGCUUCCGAGAUAAGCAAGAUUGUCCACGGUUUUGAGUUGGUGGCUGUCAACAGUGAUUCAAAGAGGAGUACAGUGUUUUGAACGCUCGCCGUCUUGUCUGUGUUGAUAGUCAGGCCGAAGUUUGCGCACCCGGUGGCGAGGAGGUCCAUGCUCCGUUGCAUGUCCACUUCGGUCGUGGUGUUGAGCGCGCAGUCGUUGGCGAAGAGCAGGCCGUGGACCGUGGUCGCAUGUAUCCACGUUGGGGCCUGCAUGCGCCAGCCGUUGAGAAGAUGCCCGUCAGUUUUGUACACGAUGAGUAUCGGGGCUCUCAUCACGGUAGGCAUCCAUCAGCAUAG